CAACCCCCGCCCCCAGCUCCCAGGGGGUUCCCAGAUCCCUCCGCCAAUGGCUGCCUGGCCUGGCUGUUUAAUAUUGAUGAGGGAGGGGGGCCGGGCCAGCCAAUGGAGAGCUGGGGGUGUGUGUGUGUAUCUCCAUAUAUAUACAUAGGGCUGGGCCAGCUCAGGUGUGUAUGUGUCUGUGAGUGUGUGUGUACGCGAGCCUGUGUGAGUGUGGGUGGCCCCAGUACCUGGCCAAGCCCACCCCAACCACCUGGGCUCUAUAUUCCCAACAUGUGUACCCCUCUCAUCUGCCCCGGAGCCUGUACAGCCACGCCACGCUGCCCCGGAGAGGUCUAGAAAGCUGGUCACAAACUUUGCAGACGGAUGAGCUCUGAGCAGCCAGAGGAGACUGGGGCUGUCAACGCUGCCCCCCUGUCCUGCCAGCUUGGAUUCCCUUGCAGGGUCCUCCUAGGCUCCUAACUGGAACACUGACCAUGGAACCCUGAAGGAGCUCUGACUUCCUGAGCUCAGUGGCAGACCCCAGCAUCCCAGGCCCUUCCUGCCCCUCCCGCAACCAGCUUUCAGGCUCCCAGAGGGAGGGGUGGGGAGGGGAUCCUGAUCUCUCAGGGCGGGAGGCGUCCAUCAUGAUGCUCAACUCAGACACCAUGGAGCUGGACCUGCCUCCCACCCACUCUGAGACCGAGUCAGGCUUCAGCGACUGUGGGGGCGGGGCGGGCCCGGACGGGGCGGGGCCCGGGGGACCCGGAGGGGGCCAGGCUCGGGGCCUUGAGCCGGGAGAGCCCGGCCGGAAAGACCUGCAGCACCUGAGCCGGGAGGAGCGGCGGCGCCGGCGGCGCGCCACAGCCAAGUACCGCACGGCCCACGCCACGCGGGAGCGUAUCCGCGUGGAAGCCUUCAACCUGGCCUUCGCCGAGCUGCGCAAGCUGCUGCCCACGCUGCCCCCGGACAAGAAGCUUUCCAAGAUUGAGAUCCUGCGCCUGGCCAUCUGCUACAUCUCCUACCUGAACCACGUGCUGGACGUCUGAACGCGGUCGGCCUCCCGCCUUGGAUUCACCCCUCUUCCAGGGGCCCUCGCUGGGGUCCCUUCUCACUGCUUAGGACAGCCUCUCCCCCCUGAGCCCCUGUUCCUUGGCAUGGCAUGUACCCACAGGCCCUCUGGCCCAGGCAUAGUGCCCACCGGUCGGUCGUGGAGGCGACUUUCUUUCAUUCACCCAGGCACCCGGAGGGCUCGUCUCAUGGGUACCUUCUCUAGUUUGUGGCUGGGGCCCAGCUGGUUAGAAAUGUUUGCUUGGGUGGUGGGUAUACAGUCUCCGCAUGACCCCUAGCUCGCUCAUGGGCUGCUGCCUCUUCCACCCUUGUGUCCAAAGUUUCAGAGACACUCCCUACCCCCCCCACAUACACACACACUUGGACUCUGCCCCUGGCCCUCUUUCCACCUUGUUCCAGCUUCUCCUGCCCUUGGGAGGGAGGGGCAUGGGAACAGGAAGGGGAAAGGCCAAGCUUAGUGUCCUGUUGGUUUUUCCCUCGGAGGUCUCAGUCUAACCAUGCUUGGCAGAUGGGCCGGCCCUUGGGAGCAGAGGCAUGGCGAGGUAACUCCUGUGAGGGGACUCUUGGUAGCUGGGAAUGAUGGAAAAACUCUGUUUUCUAUCACGUUCCUGAGGCGAACACAUACAGACCUCAGAUCUUACUCGGUAGUGCGUGCCUUGCCCUCUCUGAGCUAUUUGGCACUCUCCCUGUGCCCUCCCACCCCAACUAUCCCACUCGACUCCCUCCCAGUGUGCAGCUAGAGGAGAAUCCUCGGUCUUGGGGUGGGGUUCCCCAAACUCCACCCAGAGUAUCUGUGAAAGGCCCAGGCCAUGGGUCAGCCAGCUCUCACGUCUGCUCCCUCCGUCCAUCCCAGCCCACCAUGAAAAUGUGCAAAACCGGUACCGGCUUCUCCCUCGGAUGCAGGGGGGUGUCCUACUAAUGCCCGCUGGGAAAGCUCAGCCCUCCUGGACCUAGGACGUCUUUACUCCAUUUUUUUUUCUCCUUCCUUGUGCUGCUUGAGCAAGGAAAGAGACCCUAACCCCAUCCUACCCCACCUCAAGGCUCUCUGCAUCCCGCACCAUGCUGCUGAGCCCACCAGCUCACUACAGCCCAGGGGCGGUGGGAGAAGGGCCCCAGGACCUGUGUAGAAGAGAGAUGAACUCACCGCACUUCCCAUGCUCCUGUCUCCCUAGCACCAAACUCCUAGCUCUGCAAGGAUAUUAUUUAUUUAUGUAUUUAUUUAUUUAUUCAUCUAUUUAUUUACUUAUUUAUUUAUAAAUAUUACUAUUUAUUGCCGAGUUGUGCACUUUGGGGUCGAGUGAGAGAGCUUCUGGCAGCCCUAGCCGGAUCUCUCUUGCUUCCUCCCUGGUUAUUCUCCUCCCUUUCUUGCUCCUUUUGCAACUUCCAGUGUGUGAGGAGAUCACUCUUGUUCCCCACACCCACAUCCCUUCCUGGGAUCCACCUGUCCUGACACCCUGGUCCUCUGGGAUGGCACCCCUCCCCCACUUCCAGGGCUCCUGGAUCCUUCCUCCUGCUCCCUCCAUCCCCAGACAAUCCCACUCCAGUCCUGCCUGCUUCUCUUCUCUCUCGAGCCCUCCCCCGUGAAUCCUCACUUCUUCCUAAGAUCCCUCAACAGUAGGCCCUAGGGGUCUGUGUCCUGUGUCCUGUGUUUCCCUCCUGUUGUGUUUUUGGUUUCAUACAAAAAGAAAAAUUAAAGUGACCUCGUUCUAGCA